UUCCCACUGAACUCUGCGUGCGUCCCCGCCGCGCGCCCCCGCUGCCUCGUGGACAGACUGUGUGGCACCAGCAGGACGCGACAGCGCCGAGCAGCAGCAGGAGCAGCAGGAGCAGGAGCAGCAGGAGACCGAGGGGCCUCCACCUCCGCUCCUCCAGGUGGACGCACAGCCGGGCAGCGUCUCCGGUGUCCGCAGCAGCGUGUUCCCGCAGAGGGUCCCGCACCGUCCGCAGUCUGGACACGAGGAGCGACACGCAAGAACUUUGAUUCUCUGGAAGACUCGAUCCAGAACCUGCUGUCGGUGCUGUACCCCCCCUUCGAGGCCACCGCCCCCACACUCCUCAGCCAGCUCUUCCAAAUCAUUGAUGGUCGUUAUCAGGGAGACGCCCUGCGGUGCCUGCUGGACUUUCUGGUCCCAGCCAAGCACAUCUUAGACACUGUGCAGCAGGCUGCAUGUGCUCAGUACUCUGAUGCACUCUUCCGCUGUGAGGGCUGGCCUCUGUGUUUGCGUGACCAAGUUGUCGUCCACCUUGCUCCCAUCAACCCCCUCAUACUCCUGCCUGGUGACUUUUACCUACAAGUGGCACCAUUUUGUGACCAAUCAGCUCGCAUCGUGGUGUGCAGCCUCCUGGAAGAGGAGGGGCUUAGAGUGGAAGUAGUUGAGGAGACUCCGAUCCCUGAAACUUCUUACCCUUGUAUAUUCAGCUGUGAGUGGUUAAAGGAGAUCAACCAGGGCCGCCAUGGAACUCCCCUCAGCCGAUGCCUGCUUGCCACAGAGCAGGGAGUGCUGAAGUUACCAUGGGAACAGGUGGCCAUGCCUGAUUUUGUGGAUGUGCCACAGUGUGCUGGGAGUAGUAUGGCCUCUGUUCCUCCUUCAUAUCCUCCUUUACCACCUCCACUUCCUCCUCCACUUCCUCAUUUCUCUGAGAACUCUUUGUCGAAUCGUUCAUUUCGUCUUUCACCUGCAAGGGAAUCUGCACCAAACGAGUGUAACGUUCAAAAUUCAGUCUCAGCAUCUUCUUCACAUCCCUCUGCCUUCUCUGUGGAGACGAGAAUAUGUCCAGCGAAGCACGGCAUCGCUGUGUCCCUCUGCCUGGUGGAUUUGAACGCUGCCUCUUCAUCUAGACUUGUCAAAGUGAAAGAAACUGAAACAGAGCACAAGCCUAUUGGCUGGGUUUCCCCAAAUACAUGGGACAGUCGCUUUACUGGUUCAGACACAGCGACAAAAACAAGUGCUGCUUCAGGUACAUGCACUCCUGCAAGUACAAAUACACACAAAGCUGCAGAUAAGAGUCUGAUUGUCUGUGAGAAUACAGGACAAGAUAAACAUAAAGAUACAAGCAGAGGUAGGCCAGCAGGCCAAGCUGCUGCAGAAGGGGAAUACAUUGAUAUUCUGCAGGCAACUAUGCUUUUUUCUAAAGCUCAGUCAGUGACCGAGGAACAGAAGUUAGAUUUGCAAAUGCAGCCGCACACACAAAUUGAAGCACAAAUGCAAAGACAUCCACAAAGACGAGGACAAAUGCAACCACAUGCACAACUAGAGUCCUUCAGGCAAACACAGAGGCAGCUAAACACACAGACCUCACAACCUCAGGCGCAUUCACAACCUUGGGUGCAGGCACCUGCUAAACCACAAACGCACAGUCAUUCUAGAUCAGACGCUCCUGUAUCACUUACGUCAAACAUGUCCGCAGAAACAGGCCUUGCAUCUGCUCCCCACCAUCCCCACUUAUACCACACCCCCCCCGACUCCCUGGAACCCUCUCAGUGUGUCCGCACCAUCCGGUUCUCAGAGAAACCCUGUACUCCGUGCAUGAAGAGGAGGCAAGGAGGACAGGUCUCCCGAGCUCAGGAGCUGAGGUGCCGAUACAGGGACUCCUACCAGGCUGCUAUACAAAACCCUGUCACCUUUGGGCAAGAGAGAGAUAGGGGGAAUAUGUUAGCUGUGGUGGAGGAGGAUGGUGAUUUCUCACAGUGUGACGACAGACAGAGGCCACCAGGGACUGAAACAGAGGAUCCACGGUAUAAUGUACGAGGAAUGUGGUGUGAUCCUGGGAUCCAAAACCAGCCUCCUGUCUCUGUCAGUGGAGCCAUCUGUAAAGAGUCAGGAGAAGAAAACACUGUUCCAUAUUGGAAACCAGGAGAUUCUAGCUCUGCCCCCUGUAUGGAGCACAGGUGCACCAAUCCUUUAAAAUAUGGUGGGCUACCAGAGCAGCCAGCUGAAAAAAACACUGUGCCAUUCAGGGAAACAGGGUACACACACUCUGCCAAACCCGUGAACGGGAAACAUUCAGCAACAGGAAAAAAGAUCAACAAUCAAGAUUUGUCAGAUUCUCAACAGACCUCUACCAAACACAGUGGAUUCCAGUGUAGUGCAGGUGAAGUGUCAGGGACGAGCAUGACUCCCAAGCCUCGGGAAAGAUUAAGAAACAGAACCAGCUCCUCUGGAAUAAGUCCAAACGUCUCAAAGCCUCUCACAGGGUCACACAACAGACGGGAAUCCACGUCAAAUGGAAGAUGUUCGUCCCUCUCCACAGCGGUGGUGGACACCUCAGAGAAGUGUGAACUGGUCAUUGUUGAAGGUCAAAAUGUCAGGAGAAGAGAAAAUAAAAGCUCCCACGCAGAGGUUCCCCAGCUGCAUGUUGUCAAAUGUAAAAACAGCACAGCCUUUGGGCUGGUGUCACCCAAGAUCAGCCGGAGGAAGGUGGCCAUUCCAGAUGGUGCUCAGCCCAGCAGUACAUCAUCAACCAGCAGACACUGUCAUCAGAUGGAGAACCCGUCUCAGACAGGUCCACCUUCAGCAGCAGAGACGCAGAAGGUCUCCCAGCAUGCCUCUGCUCGUCCCAGACCCGACCAUCUCCCCCUGGGUUCCCCAGACCCCAGAGCCCACCCCCUCUAUCUGGGAGUGGCAUCACUAACAGGUGGCAGAGACAGGACAGGCAGGGCGAUCGUUGAGCUCUAUGGAGAGCACCCAGGCUGGAGAUCAGCUGGAACAAGCCAGGAGAUCUUCCACAUGCUGCUCUACUUCCACUUGAUCACCAGGAGAGAAAUCAGAGAAGCUGGGAUGACUCUUAUAUUUGAUGCGAGAAAGACAAAUCCUCAGCCACAGCUCUACAAGGCCUUGAUGACGCUUCAGGAGCAGAGUCCACUGGUACUGAACAGUUUGGUGCUGCUGGUGGACAAGGACAGCAGCCUCCGGCCUGAGAGAUGUCCCGGGGUCCAGACGGAUAUGGUGACAUCGAUGAAAGCCUUGCAGAAGCUCGUGGAGGGGAGUCAGCUGACCUCCCGUCUGGACGGCACACUGUCUCACAGCCACUGUGACUGGAUAGAGCUGCACCAGAAACUUUUCCCAUUUGUAUCAGAUCUUCAUGAAGCAUCCAGCCUGCUUCUGAACGCCAUCAGUAAAGUAGAGGAGCCCAAGAGGACAGACAAUGUGCCGACUGUGCAGCAGUGCAUGAUGGACCAGAGGACUCUGAUGAGAGACGUACUGGAGGACAGCAGAUUGGUCGGCCUGCAGAGGGAGGGUGGGGCCAUCUUGGCGAGGCUGAGAAGGGAGAGCGACCUCAAAUACCCCCACUGUGAAGACCUCAGUGAUGCAGUAGAUUCUGUGAGCAGUCUGUACAACCACAUGGAGGAGCAGGCUCACGUCCUGGUGCUGAGGUCCAACGUGUCACUGGAACACCUGGAGUACCUGCUGCAACUCCGGGAGAUGGAGGGACACUUCACUCAGAUGCAUCAGUGGUUUCAUUUAGAAGGAGAGCGCCACCUGCUGGAGGCUGAGUCAGUGGAUGACUCUGGGGACAGAAUGGAGCAGAUCCUCAAUAGCUUCACUGGUUUCCUUAUUGAAGCAAAUGACCGAAGGCACCACGCCAUGUCGUUAGUGUCCGAGGCAGAGCGGCUGCAGCAGAGCGGCCUCUACUACCCGGAGACGGAGACAUUCAGGACUUUUGUCUGCACCUUCAAGUCAGGCCUGGAGGACUUCCUGUCCAGGGCUGAGGCCUGCGGCAGAGAGCUGCAGAUAAUGGUCAACGUGUGUGAUUUCUGUGAGCAGGCAGCCGCUCUGGCUGGAGAAUGCAUUGAUUACCUGGACCAGAGUCAAAAAAACUCUCAACAAAACCAAGACUCUGGACGGAGCACCCCCCCUCUCUGCCAGGCUGAAUGUCCCGAAGCACAUGGCUCUGGUCCAACCACCACCAGUGCUUCACCGUCAGGCAACGACAACUCAAUUCUUCAGACUUUUCAAGAGCGGUUUCUCCAGUUCAGCCUGGAGAGGUUUCAGGAGGUGAAGGCUCAGGCAGGUGCCCUGCAGGGCACCAGGGGGAUGCGGGUCUGGAACGUAGCCUGGCUCAGGUGUCAGGAGGCCAGACAGCAGCUUCAGGAGAGGAUGCAGGGUGUGGAUGAACUGCACCACCAAAACCCAGAGUCGAGCAGCAGUUGUGAGUGUCGCUAUGUAGAUGUGGUGAGCACAGAUAUUCAGGUGACGUCACCCGGUGGACAGAAUCUGGUGGUACAAUCGACCCCUGGGCCUCGGCACCCACAGUGGGAAGGCAUUGUGUCCGGCGCGGUGGAUUUAGGGAAGAGAAAGCCGAUCAUGGGCAGCAACACCACUAAUUCAACCAAUGUAGCCUGCUGUAACAUCGUCAUCAAACCUGAGGAUACUAGUGAUGCUGGAACCAGCCAGGGGUCAAAGGUCACUCCACAGUCACCUCACAGAUCAGGAAGGAGAACAGAGAGGGAGGUGACGAGGAGACAGACAAGCAGAGCAAGGAGAGAGCGGGAUGCUGCCGCUCUGUCCCAGUCACACACUGUCGGCUGCCAGUGGUUUCCAUGGGCACGAGGCCUCAGAACGAGGUCCGUGAGCCAAGACACGGGCACCACAGGGGCAGUGACAGCAGGGUCCUCCACUCCUCCAGAGCAGAGAGUAAGACCACCCUCGUCCUGCUCCCACCACGGUCAGCCGUCCUGUCGGAUUCUCAAGGAGGCUCAGAAGUUCCAGAUCUCCCGCCACAGCAGCUUCUGCUCAGAGGACUCCUGUCCGAGCGAGCGAGGAGCUGCAGGUGGUGAUGCGACUUUAUGCUGCAAACACUCCAGCCUGCCCAUAGGGGGCAGAUAUGAGGGGGCAUUCUAUUUGGCAAAUCCUCAGGAGAGUGCCAGCAAUGCCCUGAGGCUGCAGCGUGUGCUGGAGGAGCUGGUGGUCACGGAGAGGGAGUACGUACGAUCGCUGAGCUACAUCCUGACCCACUACCUCCCCCUGCUGGACAGACCUGACAUCCCCCAGGACCUCAGGGGCAAGCGAGGCAUCAUCUUCGGGAACCUGGAGAAGCUUUACAACUUCCACAGCCACUACUUCCUGCCUGAGCUGGAGGCCUGCCAGAGGGAGCCUGCCAUGGUGGCCCGCUGCUUUCUCAGACAUAGUGAGAGCUUUGGCCUGUACGCUCUGUACAGCAAGAACAAACCUCAGUCAGACGCCCUCAUCCUGCACCGUCGCCACGACAUCUUCAAGAGGAAGCAGCAGGAGCUGGGGGACAUGAUGGAUCUUUCAUCCUACCUGCUGAGGCCCAUCCAGAGGAUCAGCAAGUACAGCCUCCUGCUGCAGGACAUGUUGUCUCUGGCCGGCUCAUACAGACCAAAAGACAUAAUCCAGGACACGCUUCUCGAAUCUUCUGUUUGCGCACAAAGUGUGUGUGGCCAGGGUGUGUAUGUGCCUGAUCUGACGAGCAGCGAGAGGGAGCGGGAGAGGUCCGAGAUCCAGGCUGCUGCGGACCUGGUUCGAUUUCAGAUGCGUCACGGCAACGAUUUGCUCACAAUGGACGCCAUCCAGGACUGUGAUGUGAAUUUGAAAGAGCAGGGCCAGCUGAUUCGUCAGGAUGAGUUCACAGUUUUCUUUAGGAAGAAGAAAUGUGUCCGCCGCAUCUUUCUCUUUGAACAUCUCGUCCUCUUCAGCAAGACCAAGAGGACAGAUGUUGGCAAUGAUGUGUAUGUCUACAAGCAGUCAUUCAAGACCAGCGACAUUGGGAUGACCCAUAACUCUGUUGUGAGCGGCCUGUGCUUUGAGAUCUGGUUUCGCAGAAGGAAGAGCGAGGACACCUACACCCUGAAAGCCUCCAGCAUGGAGGUGAAGAAAGCCUGGACCACCGAUCUGGAGAGGAUCCUGUGGGAUCAGGCCACUCACAGCAGAGAGCUUCGUAUACAGGAGAGGGUGUUUAUGGGAAUGGCCAGCAAACAUUUUAUGGACAUUCAACCCAGUGAUUCUGCGAUUUGUGACCGAGCUGUCAGCUGUUCCCUGCCUGGGAGAAUCCCUGUGGCGUGUUGUUCUCACAGGGGCUUAGACUAUCCACGGCCUCACUCCAUUGGCUCUGGCAGCACGGCCUCCACCACCCUCAGCCAAUCGUCUUCCUCCUCUGGCCGGGGCUCGCUGCCCCCUGCUGGAUAUCUCGGGAACCAGUCGCAGGGACUGGAGAGCGGUCCAGCCAUUUGCUCCUUCCCUGAGGCAGUGACUGACAAUGAACUCAACCAUCAUCAUCUUCAUCAGCAUCUUCAUCGUAACUGUGAGAAGUGGAAAAAUCCUCAUCUUCUCUUGGACAGCACCGAGUCAUCUAGGGAAAACAUCAAUGUCUUGAGCAGCUCGGACCCCAGCUGCCUGUCUGCCAUCGGAGGAGAGGCAGUGGACAACUCCUCCUCCUCGUUCAAAUCCCAGAAUUCAAAGCCCCGCCCACUGUGUCAUACUCCUAGCCUGAGGAGAAACAGCUCACCGGUGAUCAUCAGAAUGAAACCGGGUGUCGCACCCAAGCCUCCACAUUUGUCUAAUGCCCAGAGUGAAGAAAUUAUAAUUACAAAAUCAACAGAAGUUUAACCCUGGAUUCCCUGCAGAAGAUUUUUGGUCAGCUGGAGCCGGAGCCAUUCAGUCCAGCAAAUCUUCUGGUCGCCCUUCUAAGGGAACUAGAGGGGCGCUCAGAGCAUGUACCUCUGCUAGUAUCCUAUUUUGCAAUGGUAAAGAAAAUGAGGAAAAAAAUUCUUGGUCCCACACAAAGUUGGUCCACGUCCCGUCCUUCCAUCACGUUUUAUGGAAAUCCACUCAGUAAUUUUUGUGUAAUCCUGCAGACAAACAAACAAUUAAACCAAAGGAGUGGGUAACACAUUGUGUGGCCACAGUCAUGAGACAAAGCUUUGUGUGGUCACAUGUUCUGGUUUGCAUGCUAUCACAUACAAUCUUAACCAAUAUUCACAGAAUAUGUGUCUUGGUUCUUUGCUGCAGCAGAAUUAUUUUCAUCCCCAGCCAUGUUUUUUUAUUUUAAUAUUGAAAGAAGCAUCAGUUGCUACAGCUUCAGUGGAUUAAACCCGUCAUGAAGGACAUAGUUUAUUGACAUACUGAGCAUAGGAACCUGUUUUAGUCAUAUUGUGCUCAGUGAACUAACCAUGUGUUUUUAUAUGGUUACCUGUCACAUGUUUUCUAACUAUACUGUUGUUUAGCAUGAAACAUGUUCUGCAUAUACAUACAUGAGUAUCAGGUCUGUGUCAUGCUACGAUAACACAGAACGAUAUAGUUUGUGGACAAGGUAUGUUGCUGGGUCUUUUGUACUCUAUAGUCUGUACAAUUAGUAUAAAGCAGUGAGAGGCGGUUGUCAUGGUGAUCAGUAGCUUGUGUGGAAGACAGAGCUAUAGCUUCUGUAUUUGAGAGCAAGCUGCACUUUAGUUCUGAGACUAAUGUGAAGUCUCUCUUUGUGCUGCUGUGCUACUUUUCAUUUGAUUUACCUGCAGGCAAAGUUUUGCUAAAGAGAAGCAUUUGGAUUAGCUGGACUAUAAAUGUUUUGUUUACAAGAUCACAAGGGAAACUGAGGAACAGUUCAUGACCAGAGUGGUCACGAGCCCAGGACUGGCUGCAGACCCAGACUGCAAGAAUGGAGAAACAAGUGUACAAUAUGGAAAAUAACUUGAAUGGUUUAAAAAUGAAUGACUAUUAGUUCAUAUGUGAAGAUUUUUCUACUUUUGAGCCAUUUGUUUCUCACAUUUGUUCUAUAUUUGAUCGUUUAUCAGGACGGACAGACCACUGGCUCAUGUGCUUUCACAUCUGGAUUUGAACUAUUUCAGUAAUUCAUUCUCUCCAUCAAAGAAGCAGCACAACAACGCCAUAUUAACUUAAAACAUAUGACUGUAUGCUUGAAGGCCAGAACCACUUCCUGUUAUUUAGGGUCCACUAAUGGUUCCAUACUCAUCGAUGUUCCACCCACCUGAAAAUGACCAUUACAGAAAAGGUGUUUCUUUGAUUAUUUAAAUACUUUUUAUUGUAUUUUGUUUGUUGUUGUUAUUAUUUAACAUGUUAUUGAUGGAAAGCAUCAUUUUUGUUAUGUACAGUAUGCAAAUGAUGACUGGAUCUAUGAGGGGUCGUCAGGGACAUUAUUCAGAGUGACCUCUCACAUACACUACUGAAAUGAUCUCACACACACUACUGAAACACUCUCACACACACUACUGAAACACUCUCACACACACUACUGAAAUGAUCUCAUACAUACAAGUGAAAUGCUCUAUUACACACACAACGUUUUGCAUAAACUACUAAAAAGCUUUACCUCAUACUAGUAAAAUGUGCUCAUAUACACAGCUGAAAUGUUCUGAUAUAGAAUUGUAAACUAUAACAGUUCAGUAGUGAAUACGAAAAUUACAGUUAAACGGGAAGGCGUUCCUGUCAUUGUGUGAUGUCAUUGUGUGAUGUCAUUAGUGUUGCGAACAACAUGGCUGACGAUCAACACGUGAAUCGCGCUUUGAAUUGCAUAUUUUAGUUGAACUGAAGACCUUUUAGUUUUAUUGAAACACCUUCCUUUUUAACUGAAAUCCUCUCACACAUUAUAGUGAAAUAUGUUAUAUAUAUUAUAUAUUUUAUAUUAUAUAAGAGCAUUUCAGUAAUGUAUGUGAGCAAAUCAUUUUCAGUUGUUAAUGUGAGAGUGUUUCAGUAGUGUAUGUAAGAGCAUUUCAUGUGUGUGUGAGAGGUAAUUCUGAAUAAUGUCCCUGAUGGCCCCUCAUAUGGAUCUUUCAUGGUCACAUUGUCGACUUUUAUUUAUUUUCUUAAAAACCACUGACUUUUAAUGACCUGGAAGAUCCAUGUGUUUUCUGUUCUCUGUAACUUUCUCAACUUCCAACUUCUUCUGUUUCUUUCCUUCAUCAAUGUGUAAAUUAUAUCAUGACUCAAAUGUGGAGUCGGUGCAGUUCUUUUUUCUUUCUUUCUUUCUUCUGUUGGAUUGUUUUAGUGGAAUUUAGAGAACAUUUGGUUUUGUUUGGUUUCUUCCUCUAAACUCUGCACUGCCUUUCUGGAGGUGAUGUGACGGACUGCAUGAGGAUAUGGCACCAAUGUGAUGAUGCUUCACUUCCUCAUUCCAUAGAAUAAUUCGGCAGACAGUUACAGACACUUGUUUCAAAACUCUUAAUUGCCACGUUGCAGGUUUUACUUUGGCACAAACACCACUGCCCAAAACGGCAAUCUGUUUCUUUUUUAUUCUUUCUUUGCUUUUUGUGUUUUCUUCUUUUCAGUAUUUUUACUGAAUACAUUUUGUAUUGAUUUUCUUUUGAUCUGCAUAGUCGUGGUGCAGUUUUGAUGACCUAUUUCACAACAUCCUCCAGUAAUAACAAUGUGUGAAGCAGUUUUGUGGCUUUCAAAAAAAUUUAACAUAUUGAAACAAGAAACAGGUUUUCACAGUUGGACAUGUUCCUGUUUUGCAUAAUAAAAUGUAAUCAGUAAUGA